UGAAAUUCCAUAGCCAGUCUACAGACAAUGAGCGGAUGUUCCCCAAUGUCUACAGACAAUGAGCUAUCGCAUCCCUCAUUUCCUACUUCUGUUCUCGACGAAGGCGGUUCUGGCAAACCGCUCAUCUGCACUACUGGCAGCGCAGGCGGCGGUGAAGGAGGAGACCACCGGCGUCUUCCUUCGUACUUCGAUCAGGUCCCUGAGGACCUGUUGAAGAAUGUACUGUGCUUCCUUAGCGACUGUCACGAUCGCAACGCUGCCUCGAUCGUCUCCAAGUCAUGGUACCGCGCGGAGGCGAUGACCAGAUCCGAGGUCUUCAUCGGAAACGGCUAUGCUGUACCGCCCCAGUGCACCGCAUCUCGGUUCGGUCAGCUCACCUCACUGAUUCUCAAGCUCGAGCCUCAGUACGAGUGUUUGUACUUUGUGCCGAUUGAUGCCCGUUUCUCGCCCUGGGUCACCGUAAUAGCCGAGUCUUAUCGAACACUCCAGAAAUUGUACCUAAAAAAUUACAUUGUCUCAAACGAAGAUAUGGACAUCCUGGCCCUAUCAUGCCCGAAUUUGAAGGAGCUGGUGUUGGUUCGCUGUAAAGAAGUUGGGACCUAUGGACUUGGCAGGGUUGCUAGAGACUGCAGUAAUUUAAGGGUACUCGAGGUGAUUGAAUGUCAUGGUAAGAGUGACAAUGUGGACUGGAUUUCAUGCUUCCCCGAUGAUAAUACAUUAAUUGAGUCUUUGAUCUUCGAAGAUUCUAUUAUGUUUGGGUGUUUGAAUUUUGAUGCCUUGGAGCAGCUGGUGACAAGGUCUCCUUGUUUGAAGAGACUUAGGUUGGAUGACGUUGUUUCUAUUAGCCAACUCUAUCGCCUAAUGAUCAAAGCUCCUCUGCUCACCCAUCUGGGAAUAGGUAUAUUUAUUAACUCAAGUGAACAAGAAGCUGCUGUGGGUGAACUAGAACUUCACUACGCUUCUGCUUUUGCUGUAUGCAAUUCAUUAGUUUCUCUUUCUGGAUUCAGGGAUGAACUUCCUAUUUAUCUGCCUGCUCUGUAUCCCAUUUGUGGCAACCUGACCUCUCUCAAUCUCAAAUAUACUCUCAUCAGCUGUGAACAUUUCAAAGAAGUCAUUUUUCACUGCCAUAAACUAAAGUGCCUGUGGGUGUCUGCUAGAGUCCGUGACGAAGGACUCGAGGCAGUAGCAGCAACAUGUAAGGAUCUGCUAGAGCUUCGUGUUUUCCUGGAUGAGUAUGCCAUUGAUGAUGAUGACGACGACGAUGGUGACGUUCCUGUCUCUGAAGUUGGUUUGCUUGCAAUUUCUGAGGGUUGCCCGAGACUAGAAUACUUAUUAUAUUUCUGCAAUAGAAUGAGUAACGCAGCUCUUGUUGGACUGUCAAAGAACUGCCCAGAUCUUUUGGAAUUCCGUCUCCACACAUCAGGGUGGAGAAGUCGGGACUACUAUACGCGGGGCUCAAUGGAUGAAGGGUUUGGGGCGAUUCUUAUGAACUGUAAGAAGCUUACACGCCUUCACACAUCUGGUUUAUUGACUGAUCAGGCUUUAUGUUACAUUGGACAGUAUGGGAAAUCACUGCGUGCUUUGUCUUUUGGUGUUGCUGGAAAGAAUGAAAUGGGGCUGAAAUUUGUGCUCGACGGUUGCCCAAACUUACUAAAGCUUGAGAUAAGUGAUUUCCGAUUCGGUGAUUCAGCUUUGCGUUCUCUUUUGCAUCAUUUUUACAGGCUGCAAUUUGUGAAGAUUUCAACACGCAGGGUAACUCAUCAAUGCUGUGAGGAAAUUGCCCGCCAAUUACCUCAGUUGGUAAUAGAAGUGGUUGCCAAGAUGGACAUACCUUCGGAUCAGAGGGGCUAUGACACUCUAUUCAUGUACCGAUCUCUUGAUGAGGCAAGCACCAUAUGGACCAAAGUAUGUGCAAAUCUUCUAAAGUUAUAUGAUGUCACUGGGAAGAAUAAAAUCCCUUUGUUUGCCUGACCCUACUCUGCUGAUGGUGGUUGUUGUGUAUCUAUGAGUAAUUUCCAUCAUGACUGAGCAAUGAAGUUUUAUUUUAAUGGUCCAUUUUCUAUUGCGCAAUUUUAUUGUGUAAUGCUUAAAGCUUCUUUGCUCACCUAUGCUAUUAAAACGUUGUUCAUUUCCUAUUCAGUUUUGAAUAUUUAUUCUUCAUGGUGUUCAUUUCAGCUAAAAAUAACCUUUGACCACUGCAAUGGGAAGGGAAUAUGGUUGUGAUGCAGCACUCAGCUGAUUUAGUUUUAGGACAACAGCAAAAAUAUUACUUCUACACUUUUGUAAGACACUUUUGGAAGACACAAAUAAGAAAAAAAUAUGAUUAAUAGUCUCAAAUAGGAGGAUUUACCCUACAUAAAAUUUUGAACCCAGAAGUUCACAAUCUAUCAAUAUGACAGAUUGGCUGAAGAUCUAGGCUCAGCCUUGAUACACAAGCCCGGGAAGAUACAGCCCAACACACCCAGCACGCCCACUUCCUGCUGGACGGAACUGUUGAUGUCCAGCCAGACUUUGAUGAAGAGGUUCUGAUCUUGGGGACCUGCACACCUUUAUGAUACAGCUUGUGUGAGUUCUUUAUUAAUCAGACUAUCUAACCGAGAGAUAACAUGUUGUUCAAUGAAAUACUCGCCAGACAGCACACUUUUAACCGGCUAAAUGUAAAUGACUGUUGUACCUUUGACGGUAAUUGAUGAGACCUUUUUGAGCGAGAAAAUGACCAUAAAUUCUACAAGAUUUUAUGAGAAUUGCUCUUUGUACACGUUAUUAUACCCACUGUAUACACGUUAUAUGAACCUAAAAAAAUUACCCCUCUUGUCUCACCGAGUCUUUCCCUCCUCUCUCUUUCAUUCCUCCUUCUGCAUCCUUUUCUUUUCUUACUAAACUUUCCCAAAUCCCUAAUCCGAGCUAGAUCUUUUUCGUCGUCGCUUGUCUUCAAGUCUGAAUCUAACACGAGCGGCGUGAUUGAAGCUGGAUUCGAGCUUUUCUCCUGUCUCCCAGCCACUUUGUAGCGGUAGUUUCCCGGCGAACACCACCACCGCAACGCACCGCCUCCACCCCCCAAUUCCUACACCCAAGUACCCACCUCCUUUAAGAUCCCAAAAAAAUCCACUGAAGAGUAACCAAGUGCCGGCCGACCUGACUAUUGAACUCCCAAUACCUCAAAGCCGUGAAGUCCAUCUUGGUAAGUCUAGUUGGAUUAGUGUUUUUGUUUUUAUUUCUUUUACACACUAGGUUUGUCUUCUUGAAGUCUCAUUUUAUCUAGUUUAUUUAUGUAUGAAUUAGUAUCUGGCCCUCUAUUAUUUUUCUCCUUUGUUAAAGAUAUAAAGGUUUAUUCUUGACCAUCUUACAGAUUCAUGAUAUUUAAGUGUGGGCUUCUGAAUGUAUUAAGUCUGCCAAUUUUGAAGUUUACCCGGACUAAAUUGCUCAUUUUGAUUUCAACUUGUGUUUUAUCCUAUUGUCUACCUCAUUCUUGCAAUAUAUUCAUGGCCUUGUGCGUAUAGUUAGAAUUUUGUAUUGUUCAAAUGGAAUGACAACACAAUAACACAUCGUUGGCACUUGGCAGUGUGUAUUGCCUGCUUUGUGCAGUUUAACAGGGCAGAGUUAUCUUCAUCAUCUUUGUCCACAGUUUCCAGUUAUGCUAUGACAACCAGCUGCAGUACUUUAUCCAAAACUUAUACAGGAUGCUCCAGGAGGGUUAACGAAACAAGAAGCUGAUGAAUUUUGAGAAAGGGGUAAAAAUUGCUUUCUAUAUGCAAAUUAGAUCAAAGAAGAAUGAAUAUCAAAGAGGCAAUGAUGAUGAGCCUUCAUAGAUGAUGAGUCUCUUUAUAUAUUUGAUCAAGACAUGUGAUCAGAUUAUGGCAUACAAUGGAUUCAAAAAGUCAAGCAUGAGGGAUUUAAAGCCAAGCAUAGCCGAAUACUGCAUUCUUGCAAUUAGUUAUAUUGUAAAGUUAAUGUUCUUAUUUGCAAUGAAACCACAAUUAGAAAUGUUUGUGUUUUCAAAGAGUAUGCUUUGCAUGUAUUAAGAAAAUGACUUUGGAUUUUUUUAAGGGAAUUGAAGUUUUGGUAUUAAUACAUGUUGUAAGUUGAUUGAAA